AUGUACAAUAUUUCCUCACACACAUCCAACUCAUUCAGUCCCACAUCCUCACUCAUUUUCCUCAGUACAUCCUCGUCUAUCUUCCUCGUUCUAUCACCCUCAUUCCAAGACCCUUAUCCAUCUCCCAAAGUUCCGCACCCUCAUUCAUCUCCCUCGGUUCCACACCCUCACCAAUCCCUUCAAUUUCCUCACACACAUCCAUCUCUGUCAGUCCCACACCCUCAUCCAUCCCCCCGAGUCCCACAUCCUCACCCACCUCCCUCACCCCAGACCCUCAUCCAUCUUCCUCGCCCAUCUCCCUCAAUCCACACCCUUGCCCAUCUCCCUCAGUCCCAAAUCCUCAUCCAUCUCCCUCAUUCCCACACCCUCAUCCAUCUCCAUCAAUCCUAUACCAUCACCCAUCUCUUCAAGUUCCUCACACACAUCCAUCUCAGUCAGCCCCACAUCCUCACUCAUUUUCCUCAGUACAUCCUCAUCUAUCUUCCUCGUUCUAACACCCUCAUUCAUCUCCUUCAGUCCCACCAACUCAUCCAUCUCCCUCAGUUCCACACCCUCAUUAAUCUUCCUCAGUCCCACACCCUCAUCCAUCUCCGUCAGUCCCACACCCUCACCAAUCUCCCUCGUUCUAACACCCUCAUUCCAAGACCCUUAUCCAUCUCCCUCAGGCCUACACCCUCAUCCAUCUCCCUCAGUUCCACACCGUCAUUCAUCUCCCUCAGUCCCACACCCUCACCCACCUCCCUCACCCCACACUCUCAUCCAUCUCCCCGAGUCCCACAUCCUCACCCCAGACCCUCAUUCAUCUACCUCAGCCCCACAUCCUCUUCCAUCUCCCUCAAUCCCACCCCUUCAUUCAUCUCCCUCAGUCCCACACCCUCACCCACCUCGCUCAAUCCCACCACCUCAUCCAUCUCCCUCAGUCCCACCACCUCAUCCAUCUCCCUCAGUUCCACACCCUCAUCCACCUUCCUCAGUUCCACACCCUCAUCCAUCUCCCUCAGUCCCACACCCUCACCAAUCUCCCUCAGUCCCACACCCUCUUCCAUCUCUUUCAGUCCCACACCCUCAUCCAUCUCCCUCAGUCCCCCCACCCUCAUCCAUUUCCCUCAAUCCCACCCCUUCAUUCAUCUCCCUCAUUCCCACACCCUCACCCACCUCGCUCAAUCCCACAUCCUCACCCACCUUCCUCACCCCACACCCUCACCAUCUCCCUCAGUCCCACACCCUCAUCUAUCUCCCUCAAUCCCACCCCUUCAUUCAUCUCCCUCAGUCCCACACCCUCACCCACCUCGCUCAAUCCCACAUCCUCACCCACCUCGCUCACCCCACACCCUCAUCCAUCCCCCUCGCCCAUCUCCCUCAGUCCCACACCUCGCCCACCUCCCUCAGUCUCACAUCCUCAUCCAUCUCCCUCGGUCCCACACCCUCACCAAUCCCUUCAAUUUCCUCACACACAUCCAUCUCUGUCCCACAUCAUCACUCCUUUCCCUCAUUCCACACCAUCAUCCAUCUCCCCGAGUCCCACAUCCUCACCCACCUCCCUCACCCCACACCCUCAUUCAUCUCCUUCAGUCCCACAUCCUCAUCCAUCUCCCUCAGUCCCACACCCUCACCAAUCUCCCUAAGUCCCACACCCUCAUCCAUCUUCCUCAGUCCCACACCCUCAUUCCCACACUCUCAUUCAUCUCCCUCAUUCCCACACUCUCAUUCAUCUCCCUCAGUCCUACACCCUCAUUCAUCUCCCUCAGUCCUAUACCCUCAUCCAUCUCCCUCGAUCCCACACCCUCACCAAUCUCUUUCAGUUUCUCACACACAUCCAUCUCAGUCAGUCCCACAUCCUCACUUAUCUCCCUCAGUUCCACACCCUCAUCCAUCUCCCUCAGUUCCACACCCUCAUCCAUCUUUGUUAGUCCCACACCCUCAUCCAUCUCCCUCAGUCCCACACCCUCAUCCAUCUCCCUCAGUCCUACACCCUCAUUCAUCUCCCUCAGUCCUAUACUCUCAUCCAUCUCCCUCGAUCCCACACCCUCACCAAUCUCUUUCAGUUUCUCACACACAUCCAUCUCAGUCAGUCCCACACCCUCACCAAUCUCCCUCAGUCCCACACCCUCACCAAUCUCCCUCAGUCCCACACCCUCAUCCAACACCUUCAUUCCCACACUCUCAUCUCCCUCAGUCCUACACCCUCAUUCAUCUCCCUCAGUCCUAUACCCUCAUCCAUCUCCCUCAGUCCCACAUACUCAUGUUCUCCCUCCGUUACACACCUCAUCCAUCUCCCUCAUUCCCACAUCCUAUUUCAUCUCCCUCGAUCAGUCCCACACCCUCAGUUGAAUACCCUCAUCCACCUCAAUCCCACUCACUCACCAAUAUCAUUAGUUCCACCUCACACGUCUCCACAAGUCGCACGUCUCUAA